AUGGACGUCACCGAUUUUUUCACCGGCGAAAUAGCGACGGAGCUACUAAAACAGCUCGUUCUGAUCUCCGCCAAAGCGUGGAAAUACAAAAGCAUCGCCGACAGGCUCAUCAUCUUGAUCGAGACCAUCCAGCCCACGAUCCACGAGAUCCAGUACAGCGGCGUGGAGCUCCCUCCACACCGCCAAGCUCAAAUCGGUAUGCUCGCUGGUACCUUAGAGAAAGGCAAGAAACUCACGGAGAGAGUCUUGAGCUCUCGUCGAUGGAACAUGUAUCGACAGUUCACACUAGCGAAGAAGAUGGAGAAGCUGGAGAAGACGAUAUCUGAUUUUAUGAAGAAUCAGAUAUUGACUCAUAUCUUAGCCGAUGUUCAUCAGCACCGUGCUAACGCCGAUGUGAGGUUUGAUAGAGUUGAGAGGAGCCUCACUGGCCUCGAGGAGCAGUUGGGUUCGAUGAAGAUCGGAGGAGGAGGGAUGAUAACAGAUGCGAUGAAGAUAGCUGAGGCUACGAUGGAGAUUGAGACGAGCAGUGACGAUGAGAAGUUUGGGGUUGGGUUGGAGAUGGGAAAGAGGAAGGUGAAGAAGAUGAUGUUCAACGCUGAAGGAGGGCUUUUUGGGAUUAGUGGCAUGGGUGGUGUCGGUAAGACAACUCUUGCUAGAGACCUUGAACAUGACAACGAAGUCCGAUGUUACUUCGAGAACAGGAUUUUGUUUCUGACUGUAUCACAAUCCCCGAUUCUUGACGAGCUGAGAACACGUAUAUGGGGGUUUUUAACUGGUUGUGAAAGUGUAAAUAAUGUUCCGGACUGGAAUUUACAGUAUAACGGUGGGGUUAAAACAAAGAAGCUGGUGAUUCUUGAUGAUGUUUGGACAAGAAAAGCUUUGGACAGCUUGACUUCUAACCUUCCUAGUUGCACAAUUCUUGUUGUUUCACGGUCCAAACUUGCAGAUCCUAAUGCUACUUAUGAUGUGGAAGUACUAAGGGAAGAUGAAGCUAUCUCUCUCUUCUGUCUCUGUGCGUUUGGUCAGAAAACUAUCCCUCCUGGUUUCGACAAAGACCUUGUUAAGAAGGUUGCUGGUGAGUGUAAAGGUCUACCUUUGGCUCUCAAAGUUACGGGCGCUUCACUAAAAGACCGCCCUGAAAUGUAUUGGCAGGGCGCAUUGCAGAGGUUAUCAAAAGGUGAACCUGCUGAUGAAACUCACGAGACUAGAUUGCUUCUUCACAUGGAAGCUAGUCUAACAGGUCUAGACGAGACAGCCAGAGAGUGUUUCUUGGAUCUUGGUGCAUUCCCUGAAGACAGGAAGAUUCCUGUUGAUAUUCUCAUCAACAUGUGGAUUGAAGUACAUGAUCUAGACGAGGCAGUUGCUUUUGCCACUCUUGUUGAUUUGUCACACAAGAAUCUCCUUACUCUUGGGAAAGAUCCACGGCUUGGUUCUACGUAUGCAAGCUACUAUGAUGUAUUUGUGACACAGCAUGAUGUUCUGCGAGACUUGGCACUUCAUUUAUCCAACAAAGGGAAAAUAAACAGAAGAAAGCGAUUGCUGAUGCCGAAAAGAGAGAAAGAGCUUCCAAAAACAUGGGGAAAGAACUGUGAUGAGGAAUACAAUGCUGAGAUAGUCUCUAUUCAUACAUGGGAAAUGGAUGACAUGGACUGGUCUGACUUUGACAUGGACUUCCCUAAGGCAGAGGUUCUGUUGCUGAAUUUCUCUUCAGACAAGUAUGUUUUGCCUCCUUUCCUCAGCAAGAUGACCCGGCUUAAGGUCCUGGUGAUCAUCAACAACGGCAUGUCCCCUGCGAUUCUCCGUGACUUUUCAAUGUUUGCCAACUUGUCGAAACUAAGGAGUCUCUGGCUCGAGAGAGUUCACGUCCCUGAGCUCUACAACACAACAAUCCCCAUGAAACAUCUCCACAAGAUGUCUCUGAUUCUCUGCAAGAUCAAUAACAGUUUUGAUCAGACCGGAGUUGACGUCUCCAGUAUCUUCCCAAAGCUGGGAGAUCUGACGAUAGAUCACUGUGAUGAUCUCGUGACACUGCCUUCAAGCAUUUGCAAAAUGACCUCUCUUAACUCAUUAAGCAUAACAAACUGUCCACGCCUCGGUGAAUUGCCUAAGAACCUCAGCAAGCUACUAGCUCUUGAGCUUCUGAGGCUAUAUGCUUGCCCCGAGCUAAAGGCGUUGCCUGAUGAAAUCUGUGAGCUUCCUCAGCUUAAAUACCUCGACAUCUCACAAUGCGUCAGCAUGAGUUGUCUUCCGGAGGAUAUAGGGAAGCUGAAGACGCUUGAGAAGAUCGACAUGAGGGAAUGCUAUAUCUCUGGUAGAGUGAAGUCGGCCGUUUCGUUGGAGUCUCUACGCCAUGUGAUUUGCGAUAAGGACGUUGCGUUUAUAUGGGAAGAAGUUGAGAGGGCUGUCCCAGGGUUAAAGGUUGAAGCUGCUGAGAAAUGUUUCAGUUUAGAUUGGCUCGACGAGUAAAACCGUAGACUCACUGAGAAAUUGUAACUUGUUUAAGAGGUUAGUGUAAGCUUCUCCUAGUAUUUAGUUAAAAUUAUGCUUUUGUAAUAAGGUCUCUCUGUACAGUUUCCACCAACUUAAUCUUUGUAUUAGAUCUCGAUUAAAAGGGUUAUAUAUAAAUUCUGCAGUUUAAAAACCAAAA